UUAAUCUUGCCCCAGCUGGAUUAUACCUCAUAGAAAAUUGGAACUUCAGUUCCGAGUUUGUCCUUCCAAGUUGCUUGGCACAGCAUCUUGCCCCCAGUAAGCACUUGCCUUAUUCUUUUAUUGACGUGAUUUGAUUCCCACAGUCAAACACUAAUGAAUCAUUCAUAAAAUGUUGAGUUCCUACCUCAAGCAAGAACUGGUAUAUACUGUGAAUAUACAUAGAUAACUCUUAAGUUAGGUAAAAGUUAAAGAAAUAAACAUUUUGUCACAUUUAAACUCAAUCAGUAACAACUCUGCAGUGCUAGGUUUUUUUGCUCCUGCGAGAGUUGCGUUCCCGCAGGAUUUGAGGACCAAUCAGCAGUGCCGACGGAGCCCCGCCUUCCAUUGGCUGGCGUCGUCCUGGAAGCACGUGCUGAGCUGGGCCAGCAGUACAGUCUUCGAGCCGCUGCUGCGGUAUCGCCAGCGUUGAUCUCAGGACAGACUGUGGCUCACAGCUGCACGUUGACGCUAAAGGUUCUGCAGGGAGGCAGAGGACGGAGCCACUGGCCCUGAGAACAAAAUGGCAGAUGCUGAGGCAGGCAAGAAGAUCUUUAUUCAAAAAUGUGCUCAGUGCCACACAGUGGAGAAAGGUGGAAAACACAAGACUGGUCCAAAUCUCUGGGGCCUUUUUGGCAGAAAAACAGGACAAGCGCCAGGAUUUUCUUAUACUGAGGCAAACAAAAACAAAGGCAUUAUCUGGGGAGAGCAGACUCUGAUGGAAUAUUUGGAGAACCCAAAGAAAUAUAUCCCUGGAACUAAAAUGAUCUUUGCUGGUCUUAAAAAGAAGAGUGAGAGAGAAGAUCUUAUUGAGUAUUUGAAACAGGCAACAUCUUCAUGAAAUGUUCUUGCAACUUAAAAAUUAUUAGUUAUAAACCAAAAUUUUCCAAUUUCAAAUACUACAUGUUUAAAAAAUUCAUAUUUGAUCUUUCUUGAUCAGCCUGUAGUAAGUUUAACAUUUUAAAAUAAAAAUUUAUAAUUUU